CCCACCGCGCGCCGCCUUCCCCCUCCCCCUCCCCCACCGUGCCGUGCGUGCCCUGCACGUGCUCCCUGCCCCGCUCCUCCUCCGCCCUGCCUCCGGCCGCCGCCACACCGCGUCACGCGGCCUCCGGAACCCAAAGGCGCCGCCUUUCCAUUCGGGCGCGUCCCUGCCUGUAAAGGAAGGUUCUCUGGUGCGUUUGCUCCUUUGCCGGGAGGCGUGGGAGCAUGGACCACGGCGGCGGCGGGGGAGGAGGGGGCGGGGCGCCGUCGAGCAGCAACAGCUCCGGGGCGACCGCCGCUGCUGGCGGCGCGAGCGGUGGCCACCCUUUCUACUACGCCGGCCCGGCGGGGUCCAACUCCGGAGUGCCGCCGCAGCAGCAGCCGUCCCCGUUCGCGGGCGCGCUAGCUAUUACGCCCGUCCCCGAGCAGGCGCAGCCGUCGUCGGCCGCGGGCGCCGACAAGAAGGCUCUCGUGCCGGCGGCGGCCCCCGCGGCGGGGCCCGUGGUGGCGAAGCGGCCGUCCAAGGACCGCCACACCAAGGUGGACGGCCGCGGAAGGCGGAUUCGGAUGCCCGCGCUGUGCGCGGCGCGGGUGUUCCAGCUCACCCGCGAGCUCGGCCACAAGUCCGACGGCGAGACCAUCGAGUGGCUGCUGCAGCAGGCGGAGCCCGCCAUCCUCGCGGCCACAGGCACCGGCACCAUCCCGGCCAACUACUCCUCGCUCAACAUCUCCAUCCGCUCGGGAGCCGCCGCCGCCGCCAACCCCACCCGCGCCGCGCCUUUCCCGGCGCUCGCGCUCCACCCGCACCACCACCAGGCGGCCCCCGCGCCGCACGACAUGUCCGCCAUGAUGGGCUACCACCACCACCUCCUCCCGCCGCAGCAGCAGGACCCCAGCGCAGGCGACGCCUACAUGCGGAAGCGCUACCGGGAGGACCUGUUCAAGGAGGACGACGACCGCCAAGAUCCGAGCGCGCCCAAGGCGCGCGAGCAGCAGGCGGCGACGCCGCCACCGCCGCCGUCCGCCGCAAUGUGGGCUGUGGGGCCCAACGCCGCAGCGCCAUCCGGCGGGUUCUGGAUGCUGCCCGUGUCCGCUAGCUCGGCCGCCGCCGCGCGGCCGGCGGAGCAGCCCAUGUGGUCCUUCAGCGGCGGCGGCGGCGGGACCGCCACCGUGCAGGCGCCUCUGCAGUUCAUGUCCCGGGCCAGCUACCACAGCAGCGCUGGAGGCGGCGGCGGCGGCAUGUCGGAGACCAACAUAGGCAUGCUCGCCGGGCUCAAUGCAUACAACCGCGGCGGAAGCGAGGACCAGCAGCAGCACCAGCAGCCUGAAGGGGACCAGCAGCACGGCGGCGAAGGCGGCGGCAACGAAGAGGAGGGCGGCGACGACAGCGGGGAGGAGAACCAUGGCAACAACAGCUCACAGUAAGCUCCCGCGACAACAUGAUGAUGAGCUCCGAAUCCGCCGCCAUGACCGCAUCUACUCUGGUAGCUAGCAUCCGCAUCCAAUAGGUGUUAGAGCUUAGAAUUUUGCUCUCUUUGCUCGCGGGAGGAUCGCCCUGAGCUGUCACCGGAUUGGGGUUAGGAUGAUUGGCUGGAGGAAACGGUGGCGUCAAUCAUGGAGAUGGAGCGCAAGCUUUUGUGCAAGAAGCAAGGGAAGCAAGCCAAGCCAAGCCAAUGCAAGAGCAAAACUUGUUGCUAGUUCCAUUAGUUUUUUGGAAUCUGUUUCUGUUGAUUUUUUUUUUGGAUUGUUCUAUGAAUGAUUGCGUUGGUGAGACGGGUGUGAUGAUGAUGAGUAGUGGGUCCGAGUUAGGAGGGCCGAGGACACGAGUUUGAGAGGGAUCGAUCUGUAUAUACAGCUGAUCAUCUUGAUUUUUUUUUACCUUUUUGCUGCGUUGUUAAUUCUAGUUCCUCCUCGCGAAUUGCAAGAAUGUUAAUUGUAGUCGUUGGUUUGCUCAUGCAUCGUCACCAUGAAUUGUGACUAGUUUCGUUGUUU